AUGGCCGAGCGCCGGGCAGCCAAGGGCCGGCGUUUGGGCUCCAGCCGCCGCAAGCAGCUCCGGGAGGGCUCCGGGGAGACACCAGCACUGGCACCAGCUCCUGGGCCCGGUGAGGAGCUGGAAUGGGCAUCAGAAAUAGUGCAGAGGGUGCAGGAAUUCUUCAGGGAGCAGGAAAAGGACCGGGCGGGGUUUGUCACCCGCUCGGAUAUGCAGAAAUUGCAGAAGGACAUCCCGUGCAGCACGGAGGAGCUGGAGCUCCUGUUUGAUGGGCUGGACACCACCAGGACUGGGCAGUUGAGCCCUGAGGAGUUCACUGCUGGGCUCCGGCAGUUCCUGAGCUCCCAGAAAGCUGCCAGGGUCCAGCACCGGCGGAAAACGGCCUCGAGGAGGGUCCGCUUGGUCCUGCCCAGCCCGGUGCUGGAAGGGGUGGACAGUGAGGAGCAGAGACACUUCACAGCCUUCUUGGACCAGCUGGGCACAGACGACGCCUCUGAAGAGCAGGAGAUCUGGCAGCUCUGGGUGAAGCUCCGGCAGGAUGAACCCCAGCUCCUGGGCAACCUGGAGGACUUCCUGGCCAAGAUGAGGCACCGUAUCCAAGAAGCCAGGAGCAAGAAGGAGGCUUUGGAGGUGACCCUGAAUAAACGUGUGGCUGAGCACGAGAAGGAGGUGCAGCAGCUCUGCCAGGCCCUGGAGCAGCAGAUCCAGCAGGAAAAGCAGCGGCUGGAGCGGGAGAGCGUGGCCCGGAGCCACCAGCAGAGCGUGGAGCUGCAGCAAGCCCUGGAUGCCAGCGAGAGGGAGGUGCAGCGCCUGGUGACGGCACAGCUGGAGCUGGAGAGGCGAUGCCGCAGCCUCCGCAGCGCCCAGCGAGCGGCCAGCGCCGAGAACCGGCAGCUGGAGGAGAGCAACCGGGCGCUGGAGAACCACCUGCAGCAUCUCCACCAGCAGCUCCAGCAGACCCAAGGGUACCUGCGGACCACCAGGGCCUCGGUAGCCUGGGAGCACAGGGAGGAACCCGGGGACAGAGCAGUGGCAGAGCUUCCCGGUGAGGUGCCCACGUCCCCACAGAUGAGUCCAGAGAGGCACCGCUCGGAGAUGCGGAUCAGGCUGGGGUCCCGGAGCAGAGAGCCCCAGGCCAAGGGCUCCCACCAAGUGGUCUGGGAGAUGCUGCCAGCAGAAACAAGCCAUUUGGGAGACCGGCCAAGAGUGAGCUCCAUGGAAGAGGACCCCUUCCCACCUCUGAAAGAGGAACACUCCUCUGACCAAAGCUCUUUGCUAAGAGAGAUGAAUGAUGCAAUUGCAGCUCUGAGCAAACAGCUGCAGUCGCAGGCACUGGGGACACCCCUAGCACCCCCAGACACUGCCCAGCACCCCCAGGAUGAUGCUGAGCCCCAAAGGGGGCUGGAGGCAGCCACAGCCCGUGGCACAACCCCUGGGGUCCUGCCAGGGACCCACCUCGGUCACGAGCUGUUGGAAGGAGACCUGGAAGAGAGACCAGCCAUGGCCAAGCUCCAUAUUCCAGAUGUGACACAGGCUGAUGUGUGCCUAGGCUCUUCUGCACAGGCAGCCCAAAGUGAUCUUCAGGGGCAGGUCUCAGCACAGGCAGAUGAGGUGAGGCUUCAUGCUGCUUCCCAGCAGCUGGAGGAGAAGCCACCACGUGUGAUGGAAACAGAGCAGGUAGCUGUUGGAUCUGCUGAACCUCCAAAACAAGAGGUGCCACCAGCUUCAGCCCUUCACGUGAGCGUCCAGCAGGAGGAAGAUGCUGGGAAUGAUCAGUUGGGGACAGUCCUUGGAGGCAGCUCCCUGGGGGGUGCAGCCAACAGCAACGUGCAGCCCCAACAGCAGCUCCUGGGAGAAGACCCCAAUGUUGGCCAAGGGGAGAAGAAGCAAGAGGUCGGGCAGAAAAUGAGCCGGGAAGGCAAAUCCAGCCCAGGAGAGCCAGGAGCUGUGGUUGGGGCAGGAGCUGCCCCAAGGGGUCCUCCUGAAGCCUGCCUGGACCCAGACCAUCUCUACAACGUGCUGUUUGUUGGGGACUCAGACGUGGGAAAAACAUCCUUCCUGCACCGGCUGCGCGCCGACACCUUCAACCCUCACCUCGCUGCCACCGUAGGGCUGGAUUAUCAGGUCAAGAACCUCGUGGUGGACAACAAGUGCUUUGCUCUGCGCCUGUGGGACUCAGCUGGGCAAGAAAGGUACCGCAGCGUCACCAAGCAGUUCUUCCGGAAGGCGGACGGGGUGGUGCUGAUGUACGACAUCACCUCGGAGUAUUCCUUCUCAGACGUGAGGUACUGGCUGAGCUGCAUCCAGGAGGCAGCAGGAGAUGGAGCUGCUGUCCUGCUGCUGGGGAACAAAACCGACCGUGCUGCCGAGAGACGGGUCCCGACCUCGGAAGGGGAACUCCUGGCCAAGGAGCAUCAGCUCAUGUUCUUGGAGUGCAGCGCUGCCUCGGGCCACAACGUCUCUGAGGCCAUGGUCAGCUUAGUCAGGUUGCUCAAAGUUCGUGAGGAUGAAUUGAAAAAUAAGGCAGCAGAGGUACCAAAGCCACCCCAGAAGAAAAAGGGCUGCUGCUGGUGA